ACUGUCGUGGCGUUUGCUCCCUCUCCGCUGUGUGGAAGAUCACCAACAGCAACGGCAAAAAGGGAAAAAAAGGUGUAGUGAGUUAUUUUAAGCCGAUGCGCCGAACAUCAUCAAAACGAAGUGGUGCUUAAGUGGGAGUGGGAAAAGUUGUGAACGAGAGAAGAAAAAAAAUAGUGCAAAACAAAAUAUUAAAAAAAAAAUAAUUUUAAAAAAAGUCACGCACUCGUGAAUUGAUUCGGAGCAGAGAAAACCCAAAAAUUGUUUGAUCCCCGUGCGUGAAACUGUGUGAACAGUGUUCGAGUGCUUUUUUUUUUUUUUGGCAGUGCAAAAGUGCGUGCGGGAAGCGACAAAUUCCCACAUCAAAACACCAGUGAGCGUAUUUGCUUUUGCCAAGCAGGCAAAACCACAAACGUACCGAGCGGGGACGGGCGCCGAGUGGCUGCACGCGGAGGAGGGAGACGAGGCGACAGCAGCAACAAUCAACCGAACUUGCCUGGACCACGCCAAACUGUCUACGUUGCAAUAAUUCAUCAUAGUGUCAUUCACCACAGUGAUAGAGAGAGAGAGCAGGAAGCAGCAUUGAAUUGUGAAUCGAAAACGGUCCAAACCCAACCCGACCCCAAAAGUGCAACACAUUUCCUGGGGGGGGUGUCCUUGCUCUCUGCGUAGCUAUCGCUAAUCGUUUACAUCUGCUGCUCCUAUUCUCCUCCAUCCAGGCAAUGUGAUCAAGCUGGGGCCGCCGGCUCGGUUUUUUUCAAAUGAUUUUUCGUUUGUUUUCGUGUAACGUUUUAAUUCCGUUUUAAAAAAAAAAGUGCUCCCCGCGUCUACGGAGCGCGUGGCGGCAGCGCCAACCGAAGAGAAGAAGAAAAAAGAAAAUGAUGGAAAAACAGGCUCCUGGCCCGGUGUAAAAUUUGACGCUGCUACCGACCGACGCGAAAUCAAGCCAGCGCCCGGCUGGUCAGAUAAUAGCAUAAUUGGAUUUCAACUCUUGAUGCGCCCCUGCCCGAGCAGCUCCCGGUGCGGGAAGGGCAAGUAAGUACGACGUGUGGCUCCAGCGACAAGAAGCGGGAAGCGCAGAAGGAGGUCGCCGUGUGCACGAAAUCGAAUCAACACGCGCGCGUCAAAAGCGAACCGUGCCGUGUGUCAGUGUGUGUGUUUGUGCGUGUUGGGUGGGUGGGCGUCUGUGAGUGGUUGAGCCGAAGCGGUGUCGGGAGCGGGGCGGACGAGUGUCCUGCCAUCCUGUGACAAGCGCGCCCAAACAGGAGGAGGAACAGCGCGGAUUCGGAAACAAUUCAAGGUCCCGACUGGUACACAGCUGUACUGAAGCACUCGGAGAUGCAUCGGGGCCGGUAGCCGACGCGACUGCGACGCGACCUGCCGACCAAGACGACCGACGAUCGAGCGCAGACACAGCAGCAGCAGGGAGCCUGCUUUGCGAUAAUCAACAAAUAAACAAACCACACACAAAAAAUAUAGAAAAAUGGCGAACGGAAGCCUGCGGUUUACGGUGCUAGUGUACGGCACGUUCGCGCUGCUCCUCUCCCGGACGGUGGUGCUUACCACGGCCAGUGCCGGCAGCAGCAGCAGCAGUAGUAGUGGUGGUGGUGGUGGUGGUGGGGGAGUGCAAAAGUUUGCGAUGGAACCGCAGAACCAGACGGCAAUAGUGGGGUCGCGGGUGACGCUACCGUGCCGGGUCGAGUCGAAGGUGGGCCAGCUCCAGUGGACGAAGGACGACUUCGGGCUCGGGUGGCACCGGAACCUGAGCGGCUUCGACCGCUACUCGAUGGUCGGGAGCGACGAGGAGGGCGACUACUCGCUCGAGAUCUACCCGCUGAUGCUGGACGACGAGGCACGGUACCAGUGCCAGGUGGGCCGCGGAAAGGAUGGUACUCCCGGCAUUAGGUCGAGCUUCGCCACGCUGACAGUAUUAGUUCCGCCGGAACCGCCAAAAAUAGUGCAGGGUGACUUUCUGGUCACGACCGAGGACAGGGAGAUUGAGCUCGAGUGUGUGUCGGUCGGCGGCAAACCGGCGGCCGAGAUUACCUGGAUCGACGGGCACGGCACGGUGCUGACCAAGGGCAUCGAGUACGUGAAGGAACCGAUGGGCGAUACCGGCCGCUUCACCGCGAAAUCGAUCCUGAAGCUGACGCCGAAGAAGGAGCACCACAACACGUCCUUCACCUGCCAGGCGCAGAACACGGCCGACCGGACGUACCGGUCGGUGCGGCUCAAGCUGGAGGUGAAGUACGCGCCGAAGGUCAGCGUGAGCGUCGUCGGAGGCGCACUGGCCGGCGGUCGCAUUCCGGAAGGGGCCGAGGUGCGGCUGUCGUGCCGGGCCGACGCGAACCCGGCCGACGUCACCUACCGAUGGUACAAGGCGGACGAGCCGAUCGUGGGCGACUACACGACGGAACUGGUCAUACACAACGUCUCGAAGGAGUACCACGACGCGGUGAUCAAGUGCGAGGUGCACAACGCGGUCGGCAAGAGCGAGGAGAGCGAAAUCCUCGACAUCAGCUACGGGCCGACGUUCCGCACCCGGCCCCAGUCGGUCGAGACGGACCUCGACCGGAAGGUGACGCUGGCCUGCGACGUGGACGGCAACCCGCCGCCCGAGAUCCUCUGGGUGCACGAGGAGUCCGGCCGGAUCGUGUCCAGCAGCGCGAACAUCACGCUGAUGGCGACGCGCGAAACGGCCGGCCGGUACAGCUGCAAGGCGAGCGUGCGCGGCUUCCCGGACAUCGAGGCGACGGCGGCGGUCCAGCUCAAGGGCCCGCCGACGAUCCGGUCGCCCCGCCAGCAGUACGGCUCGGUGAACGACAACUCGCAGAUCCAGUGCGACGCGGUCGCGAUCCCGAAGGCGAAGCAGGUGAUCUGGACGUACAACGGGCUGGAGGUGAGCGGCGAGAACGAGCACACGAUACUGGAGAACCACUCGCCCGAGGGCGUCCGGUCCACGCUGAUCAUACCGAAGAGCAAGCGGCAGCACUUCGGCGUGUACAACUGCACCGUGCUGAACGAGUACGGCAGCGACUCGCUGGAGAUACAGUUCGCACCGAUGGAGUCGUCGUCGCUGCCGGUCGUCAUCAUACUGAUCGUGGCGGUCGUGUUCAUCACGUUCGUGCUGGUGCUGGUGGUGAGCCUGUGCUGCUGCGAGCGCAAGGGCAACAAGAAGCUGCCACCGGCGGACGUCAUUACGGAUCAUUACAUGACGGAAAAGACGUGCAAGGAGAGCGACCGGUCGUCCAACGUGAGCGACCUGAAGAUAGACCGCGACCACGAGUACUCCGAAACCUGCUCCGGCACGGACAGUAUCGCGACCCGGCUGGCAAUGAACAUGAUGGGCUCGUCGAGCGGCGGCAGCAACAAUAGCGGUGGUGGAGGAGGAGUAGGAGGAGUAGGAGGAGGAGGAGUGGUCAGUGGAGGUGGUGGCGGCGGUGGUGGUGUACCGCUAGCCGGCCCGGUUCGCAUUCCCAACGACUAUCGCUACUCGGGUGACUAUUCCGACGGCAUUGGCUCGACGCUGCAGGCGAAAAUUGGGCAAAGCAAUGGUGGGUACGUGCCGUACGUCGACUACGCCCAGGACUACAACCUGCCGAUGCACAUAUCGAGCAACGGGCAGCUGCCGAACGGCAACCUAAGCCUGACGCGGAACCGUGAGCUGCGGCAGGACAAUGGGCUGCCCAGCAUCCAGAGCGGCAUGGGUUCGCUGUCGGCCGGUUUGAUGAAUACAUCCCUGAUGAACGCCCCGAGCAUAGAUCCGCGGUACAGCGCAACGUACGGCAAUCCGUACCUGCGCAGCAGCAGCACCCAUCUGCCCCCGCUGCCCCCGCCCAGCACGGCCAACCCGGCGAUGACGCCGGCGCCGCCACCGUACAGUGCCGGCCGGCAUCCGACCAGCGCCCUGCUGAUGGGCGUCAACAUGGGCGUCAACUCGGGCAGCGUCAUCGGCAUCGGCUCGAGCCUGACCAGCCCGGAAUCGAUCCGGUCGACCAGUGCCGGCAGCAGCGACCCGGCCGGCACCGCGGCCCAGCAGCAGCAGCAGCAGCAGGGCGGCCAGGUGGCCGCCGGACAGACGGGCAGCCCGGCCCCGGGCCAGUUCAUACUGCCCGCGAACGGGGACAUACGCAAGGGGGCGCUGGCGACCCACGUCUAGCGGGGCGGCGGUUCCGCACCACCCCACCCACCACCGAGCCAUCGAGCGUGCAAAGCGGCGGCCCCGCACCCGUCUCCUUCCAUCGUUUCCUCGCGCUCCUCGCUCCCGCGCCAAGCCAAAACCCGCCCCCACAAUCUCAAUCGCCCUCAGCCUCACACACUGUGCUGCUUUGCGGGCUUGCAGCCAUCUAGGGGCAUCCGUGUCUCCAUGUGUAGGAUAGGUAUUUUUUAUUUUAAUUUUCGUUUCCUCAUGAGUGGAUAAGAGAGGGUGUGUGAAUGUGUGUGAAUGAUUUUAUCAAUGCUUGGAACCAGCCCACGACACACACACGAACAUACACGCGUGGCCAUUAGAUCAUAUUGGCCAGAAGUAAUCAAUCGUAGGCUGUAAAUGCGCCCGUGUGCAAUGCUUGCAUUAAGAGAUCGUCCACAAACUACGUAAUGCCAAAAACGAAAAAUUUGUUACGUUGUUUAUGGAUGGGCCCCUAAUCGCUACCAGAUAGCGAAAAAAGGUCUAAUUUUGUGGGCAAAAACAAAGCAAAACACACGCACAUUGGAGUAGCUUUCCCACGCCAUACUCCCCAGCCAAACGAACGUGACGGCAUUUGGAAGAGAUGCUUAAUGUUUCAAUGUCUGCUUUUAGGCCCCCCCCGGUGCUGGGGCGACUGUAUGCAGCUUCGUUUUGUAUCCGCCCCCGCUCCCUGUCACCCCGCUCAUUCCAACUGCCUAGGAUGUAAUGGAGGUGUGUGGAGCGUGUCAUACAGACAUACGUACAUAUAAAAAAAAAACACACACACACACACACACACACAAACACCCAAAGACAAAAUUGACAUGUGCAGCAGCAGCAGCACCGUUUGAUCGUUUAACGUUUGUUUCGCUAUGUUUUGAUUCAAAAUGUGUGGCCUUAUUAAGUGGAGAAAGCAAAAAUGUACGAAACAGGACAAAAAACCAAAAACACACUACAAACAACAAAAGAAAGUUUUUUAAAAACAAUUACACGAACCACACAACCACGGUGACACGGUGAGCAUACAAGCGGAAGAAGGUAGCCAAUUGCUGGUAAAAGGAUUUUAUUAAAGCUCGUCUACUUAUAGCUUAAAUACGACAAUGAGCGUGCGAGUGUAUACUUGCGUGUGCAUACGUGUGUGUGUGUGUGUGUGUGUGUGUGUGUGUGUGUGUGCAUAUAUACAAAUAUACUCGGAGUGGUUAUAUAGCGAUAUACACGCAGCUUGCCGUGUUGCUUACGAAUGUGCGCGCAAGCUGCUUUAGCACGAUUUGCUGUUAAACCAUCCCUCUCCUCCUCUUCCUCCUUCGCCCUCCCUCUUUUCACGAGCGCAAAAGAUGUUCGCAGGCCAGCAAAGGUUAGACACAAUUUUAGACUAGCAAAACAAAACACUUUCCAUCAAAAGGUACGGAAAAAGGGGGCAGCCAAACGAAAAGCUCGCUGCACUGGGAUGGUUAGAGCGCACGCUAGCUUUAGCUUGAAAAAGUACACAUGUUUUGGCUGAAUUCGGAACGGGGGUAAAGAGUUUAGUACAUUAUAACGCCUUUUUUCCUAAAAAAACCCCAAACCAUGAAUCGUCAUGAAACAAACAAACAAACGCGAGGCACGAGCGGUGGUGGAUUAUUGGACGAGAGGAAAACAAACCGAAAGCCAUACAGGCUGAUGCAUGCUGGUGCUUGUGGUCGUAUAUGUGUGUGUGUGUGUUUGUGUGACGUCAUAUUGGCAAAGGAAUUCGAAAGGAGACGACAACAACAAAAACCAAACUAAGCAGCUUAAAAUAAUUCUUUCUCCGUUUUUGGCAACCAUAUGUGUGUUGGUGUGUGUGUGUGUGAGUGCCGUUUGUGAAUGUGUGAGAGUGUGUGUGUGUCGCACCAGCUGCGAUGCACGCGCGCGCGGUUGAGCACAUUUUUUGCGUUGUUGUUGUUGUUGUUGUUACGUGCACUGCACGUUUGCCUACCUUGCAGGCGCUUCGGACUGCACGCAACACCACUUUCCCGCUUUGCACCUUGCUUCCACCAUACUGCUGUAUCCAUUUGCUUGGUUUAACAAAGACACACACACGCACAUGCACACUGAGACAUAAAGUGUGCUUUGGGACGGCGGCACAGCGAAGAAGCCGAACGGAGCACAUUCGAGAGGAAAGCAAACAAACAAAAACCGUACAUUGGUAGCGAGGCGAUUGGUUUUUCCUUUCCUAAUUUGCUUGCGCAGGGGGUGGCAAGGGGGUCUGGCUGGCCUGUGGCCCCGAGAGAAUGCAUCAUGUGAGAAUAUACCAAAUUGUUUUUUUUUUAAUAUGUGUAUAGCGAUUAAUUUUUAGCCAAGCAGCGGUCGCAGCGGCUCGCCUCGUGGCCGCUUCUUAUUAGGUUUAGCUCGUCUUCGCUAAGAUUUCAUUUAGGCCCCCUUCAGCCGGUGCUUAGAAUUGAAGGAGAAGAUAGGAGGGGUAAUAGAAGCGAAAAUCAAGAGAGAGAGAGAGAGAGAGAGAGAGAGAGAGAGAGAA